AUGCUCAAGAUAAUCUUGUUUACGCUUUUGGGCUUUACCGGCAUUUGCCGUGGGUCCAGCUUGGAGACUGUUAGUGAAGAUGAUCUCGUCAAGAAAUUUCACAGCCAUAACAACUUCAUUGUGCUUUUCUCCAAACCAAACUGUGCUGACUGUGACAAAUUUGAGGAAAUACUAUCGAAAUUGAAACAGGAGCUUGAGGACAAUCUGCAGGCACACGCUGUUAAGGCGGUAAGCAGCUCGAUGGCACGACUUUACAGUCCCAGCAAGGAACCGGCCGUGGUGUAUUUCCGUCACGGAGUUCCCUUGCUGUACGAUGGCUCGAUAGAAGAGGAUGCUCUGAUUGGCAAGCUGGUACAGAACAAAGAUCCUAACGUGAAAGAACUCUCAGAUGAAACGUUUGAACAUCUUACCCAAGCCUCUAGCGGUGCUACUACCGGUGACUGGUUCAUUAUGUUUUACACAACGAAUUGUGUCGAAUGCCAACGGCUUACUGCCGUUUGGGAAGCGGUUGCAGCUGAUCUGAAAACGCGCAUGAAUGUUGCCCGCGUGCAAAAGGAUGGAAAAGGAAGCGAAACAGCCACUCGCUUCAAGGUUAAGGAUGUGCCGGAUUUCAUUUUCUUGCGGCAAGGGAAAUAUUAUCGCUACGAAAUAAGCAAAUACGAUAUCAAGUCAUUCGUAACAUUUGCCCAGGAUUGGUACAAGAAUGCGAAGGCUACAAGAGUUCCGGUUCCAUUGUCACCAUUCGAUAAUCUCGUGGAAUUGGCUGUUCAGUAUCUUAAAGACAUGCCAAGCAUGUACGCUAAACUGUACAACGAAUAUCCUAUGGUGGUGUAUGCAUUUGCCGCAGGAUUAUUGUUCAUUGUCGGUGGUUUCGCUCUGGCCAUAAUAUUGGCCAUAGUGACGCGCUGCAAAGCAGCAUCUCGAGCGAAGAAGGAAACAAUCAAGAAGGCAAAAUAA